UUAAAAGCAAAUAAUUUGAGCUACUGUUCGCGGUUUGCAUUCCGUAGCUUAAAACAGCUUCAAAUACUAGGAAUUUAUAAAGAGAAAAAAAUAAAAUAUGGACUGUUAUAUUAUUGUUUGAUGGGCGUGAUAAGUCCGAAGCUUCAAGAGCUUCAGUUGAUUAAAUUAACGUUUAAGGAUAGAUUGAGCAAAACAUACUUCCUCUCUGCGAUGAAGAACAGCCCAGUAUCUAAAAUUGUAAUGAACUCGACUUAUAUCAAUUAUUACAACCACGCUGACUUCACUCACCUGAAAAAUCUCUCCGUCCUUAGUUUACGUACGUGUUGGAUACAAGAGAUGGAUUUUUCACCGAUUCCGAAACCCAUUCCGAAACUGAUUUCGAAACCGAUUCCGACCUUAACGGAGUUGGUUUUAUCAGAAAAUGCUUUGGUCAAUUUUCCCAAGUUCUGUGCCGAUAAUAAAGCAAUGUUUCCUAAUUUAACACGUCUGUACAUGGAUGACAAUUUUAUUCGAUUUAUGCCACGACGGGGUCUAGAUUGUAUGAAGUGUCUUCAAAUCUUUUCUAUUUCUGCUAACCCAUUACGAGAUUUGGAGGACAAUACAUUUUCCAGACUCCCAAAUUUGCACACAGUUUUCAUCAACUACAAUUCAGGAUCAGCAUUUCGGAUCAGGGAUCACGCCUUUAAUAGUUCCAGCCUAAUUAAUCUUUAUUUAAAGGGCAACGCCGAACACGCGCAUCACUUGUAUGUAGGGGCAUUAAAUAGUUGCGCAAACCUAGAAAAAUUGGAACUAUCCAAAAGCCACCUUUACUCAAAAUCAAACGAAUACUUCGACGAACUCUUUGCAACAUUGACCAAAUUAAAAGUUCUGAAACUUUCUGAUACCGGUAUUGGAUCAUUACCUCCUGUUAUUCCAAGAAUAAUGCCGAAGCUGGAGUCUCUUGAUGUAAGUUACAAUCAUAUUUCAUGGUGGAAAAACGAUUAUUUUAGAAACUUAACGUCGCUGCGAAGAUUAAACUUGACGUCUAAUCAAAUUGCGACAAUCAACAAACAUUCGUUUUCUUAUGAAACAAUACAAGUUUUAUCACGACUUGACUUAUCAUACAACCCUUACUCUUGUUCC